AUGGCUGCAAAUGGGACAAAAUCCGAAGACUCACUUCGUCCCUACAAAACAACUAAAGAUUCAGCUUAUGCUAAUGAUAUAGAGCCACUAUAUACAAUACAAGAUGAAGGGUCUAAGUCUAAUCCAAUUUCAACAUUCAUUGACUCAUUCAAACCACUUGAAUUCGACGAAGAAGAAUAUGAGGUAUCAAACUUAACACCAACUGAAAGAAUUGAAAUAGCGACAGCAAGACAUCCACUUGCAAGAAAAUUAAAAUCAAGACAUUUACAAAUGAUAGCGAUUGGAGGGUCUAUUGGUACUGGAUUGUUUGUUGGGUCAGGAUAUGCACUCGCAAAUGGUGGUCCAGCUGCUGUGCUUAUUGGAUAUACCAUUGUUGGAUAUGCAUUGCUUUGUGUGGUGUUUGCAUUGGGUGAAAUGUCAGUUCAGUUCCCGGUAUCGGGAUCAUUCAACGCGUUUUUCUCAAGGUUUGUGGAUCCAAGUUGGGGAUUUGCUUUGGGGAUAAUGUACGCUUGUUCGUGGAUGAUUUCAUAUCCUUCUGAAUUGAUUGCUUGUGCAUUGACUGUACAAUAUUGGAAUACCGAAAUUAAUGGGGCUGUUUGGAUAGCUGUAUUCUGGUCAGUGAUAGCUAUCAUUAAUCUAUUUGGGGUCAAGGGGUUUGCAGAGGUAGAAUUUGUAUUAUCGCUUAUCAAAGUCCUAGCUGUCAUUCUAUUCAUUAUAGUGUCUAUUACUAUUAUAUGUGGUGUUGGAGAUCAAGGAUAUAGAGGAGGAAGAUAUUGGCAUGAUCCAGGUGCAUUCAAUCACGGUUUCAAAGGCGUAUGUUCAGUGUUUGUAAGUGCAGCUUUCAGUUUUGGCGGGAUUGAAUUGGUGGCCCUAACUGCUGCCGAGACUGAAAAUCCUCGAAAAUCAUUGCCAAAAGCUACCAAACAAGUAUUUUGGAGAAUCUUCAUAUUUUACAUAAUGACAGCUAUUGUCAUUGGUUGUCUCGUCCCUUAUACAAACCCACUUUUGUUGAAUGGAGACGGAAUUUCUGCAUCUCCGUUUGUGAUUGCUAUAACUGCGGGAGGUAUAAAUGUCCUACCUCAUGUCAUGAAUGCUGUUAUCUUGCUUGCAGUUGUCUCUGUCGGAAAUGCAUCGGUAUACGGUUUCAGUCGUUCAUUAUGUUCACUAGCUGCUCAAGGUCUCGUCCCUUCCAUUUUUGGUUAUAUUGACAAAGCUGGAAGGCCGAUUGUUUCAGUUGCAUUUAUAAAAGUGGUGGGAUUAUUGGGAUUCUUGGUCAUUAGUGAAAAUGAAUCAAUAGUAUUUACAUGGUUCUUCUCGGUGUGUUCAUUAGCAGCAUUUUUUACAUGGGCCGCAAUUUGUUUUACUCAUUUACGUUGGAGAUGGGCCCUUGAUGCACAAGGUAGAUCAUUGGAUGAAGUGGCUUUUGUUUCACCCAUGGGGACCUGGGGAUCAUAUUCUGGUCUAAUUAUAUUGGGAUUAAUUGUCAUGGGAGAAAUUUGGGUUUCUAUUUGGCCAAUUGGGUCUUCGUCAGCAAAUGUUGUUCAAUUUUGGCAGAACUGUCUUUCAUUACCAAUAUUGAUAUUGAUGAUUGUAGGUCAUAAAACCUAUUAUGGAACUUGGGGACAAUUGAUGGUUAAUUUGGAAGAAGUUGAUUUAGAUUCUGGUAGGAGUGAACUCAAUGUUGAGCAAUUGAAACAGGAAAUUGCUGAUGAAAGGGCAGAACUAAGAGAAAUGCCUCUCUGGAAACGUAUAUACAAAUUUUGGUGUUGA